AAAUUAAUGCAAAUUGCAUUAAUUUUAUGUUGUGCUUUAGCAGCAUUUAAUUUCGCUGCGGGUGCUGCCUCAUUUGAGGACAAUGACUUUGCAGAAUUUGAAGAUUUCGAUAGUGAUGAUGAUUUUGUAGAGGUACCAGUGACCGGGGCAGGAGCUCCUGCUGCUGCUGCAUCUAAAGAUUUGCCAACGAAAGAAAAGGAACCCGUUGUUGCCAAGGCAACACCACAAAUGCAGGACGAUGAAGAAGAUGGCAUUGUGGAGGAUGAAGAUGAAUUCUUCAAAGAUGAUGAAGAGUUUGAGGGUUUCGAUGCGGGUGAGAUAAAAGAGGAAGUGGGCAAAAAACCAGCUGAGCCCAAAUUGACAGUGGCCAAGAUACCCAUGCAUUUCAGAACCCAUUGGGAUUCCUAUUGGAUGGAAAUGUUAAUGCUGGCCGGUCUCAUGGUCUAUUUCACCAAUUUCUUUGCUGGCAAAGCCAAGAAUGCCAAAUUGGCCCAUUUGUGGUUGAACACCCACAAAGGCCUGCUGGACGAUAAUUUCGUGCUGGUCGGUGAUGAUGGCAAGGUGGAAAAUGAAAAUCCUGGUCUCAUGAAAGAGAGUGAAAGUCUCUACACUUUGUGGUGUUCUGGUCGCACCUGCUGCGAAGGCAUGUUGGUCGAACUGAAAAUGAUCAAGCGGCAAGAUUUGGUGUCGCUUGUGGCGGGACUAAUGCGCCCUCAACAAGAUCAAGUCCAUAUUAAAGUUGAUUUGACACGUGGUGUCAUGGACCCAUUUGUAUUCUGUGUGGGUACAAAGAAAACGAUAACUAAGGCCUUUAAAGAAUAUGCCGAUUUGAGCAAAUAUUGUACUCUAGUCAGUAAACCAGAGACACGUUAUAAUGUCCCAGCUGGUUUUAGUGUAUUAUCGGAAAUUCCCGAAGCCACAUCUGCCAUAUUGGAGAACCGUAUUAUCACGGCCCUCAGUAGAUACCAACAAUAUAUAGAUUAUAUUCAUAUCUCGGAUCAAUAUAGUGGUCCCGUACAAGUCGAAGAUGCCAAUAAUUUGAAACAACCCGAAACCAAACCAGUACUUAUGGCUGGAUUUAAUUUACCCAAAAAUGGUGAUAUGGAGGCUGUUAAACCACUGUUGAUACUCAUAUUUUAUUUAAUGGAACGUUUGAAGGGUUAUCGCUUAUCGAAGGAGGGUCAACAAAAAGCCGAAAAGAAUCGCAGCCGUGUUGAGGAAGAAUUCCUAAAGAGCACCCAUGCUGCCCGUGCCGAGGCAGCCGCCCAGCGUCGUGAAGAUAAACGCAAGGCCGAAAAGGAACGCAUCAUGGCCGAGGAUGAUCCCGAAAAGCAACGCCGCUGGGAAGCCAAGGAACAAAAACGUCAAGCCAAAAAGAAGGCCCCCAAAAUGAAACGUUUGGCUGUCAAAUCCCUUUAA